GCUUCACUGGUCUGAUCUUCAUGGCACCGAAGAAAGCAAGAGAGCAAGCUUUAAGACACGUCAACGCCCCGAAGCAGAUACUCGCCCCAGACGUCAUUGCAAAACGCACCAAACGCCAUCUAGAAGAGCUCGAGCGUUCCAAUUAUACAGAACCUUCAAUCACCCUUGACGAUGAUGACGAGGCGGCCAUAAGUGGCAAGAAUCGCGUUCGCCAGAUCGUCUCUGACAAACGCCACCUCAGCGACCCUAAUGCAAAAAAGAAAAAGUCGUCCACAAAAGUUCGAACCGCACUCCUAUACCGCAAGAAUCUCACAGCUUUGAUUGAAGAAUCGCGCAUAGCGCAUCUUCCUUCCCACGUCCCAACAUAUUUAACAGCUGCCGCUCCUCCCCCUCAGGUGCCUCCACGUCUUCUAUGCUCCGUGUGUGGGUACAAGGGCGCGUACAAGUGCAAAAAGUGUGCCAUGCCAUACUGCGACAUGAACUGCGAGAGCGUCCAUACUGAAACACGCUGCGAACGUCGCGUCAUCUGACACUCCCCAUAGUGAUAUUGUCGACAUUUCGUCCACAUCUUUUAUUCUCUGGGCGAGCUUCUUCUGCCAUCGCACACAGGAAAGCCAGAGCUAUCGAGUAC